AUGAUUACUGGAACUUCACAAGCUGAUGUUGCUAUUCUUAUUGUUGCUGCUGGUACUGGUGAAUUCGAAGCUGGUAUUUCAAAGAACGGACAAACCAGAGAACACAUUCUUCUUUCAUACACUCUUGGAGUUAAACAAAUGAUUGUUGGUGUCAACAAGAUGGAUGCCAUCCAAUACAAACAAGA